AUGGCGUCAGGAUACGGUGCCACCGGCGGUGUAACACCCUGCUUCCCUUUCUGGCAAGAUUUCCUGGCCUGCUACAUCAUGAACACGACGAAAUACUCCGACGCCGGAAAACUACUUUGCCGGCCUUAUCGCGACGAUUAUUACGAGUGUUUGCAUCAUACUAAGGAGAUGGACAAAGUCGUCAAAAUCAACGACGCAAUCCGCCGCUACGAAAUGGGUCUAGGUCACGUCCGUGACGACGCAGCAAUGAAGAAAUUAGGUUUAGUAAAAGGCUCUUACGAUUCCAGUAAGACAACGGUUAACCCCGGUGGUCCUUGGAAACACUAA